AGUUGUUAUCAUAAUAUAAAUGGAGACAUGCACGGACCGUACCAGCAUGCACUCACAUGAUCCUACCCUUCAGUUCGCCCUUCCACAACCUCAACACCCGUUCUUCAAGAAACACACAUUUUACUAUCACUUCCUUCUCACCACCGCCCACCACCAUGGCCAUCGACACCCUCCGUCGAUUCUUUCUUCCGUGUUUCUUCUCUUCCAAGCAGCAACCCACCGUCCCUUUCUCCGACCAUCAUCUGCAGACCAAGAACCGCCCCUCCUCCCCGGCCUCGUCAACGUCCUCCUCCACCGCCACCUCGGCUGCCCCGCCCCGUCCCUCAAAGUCCAUGGUGAUCGGCACCAUCUUCGGGAACCGCCGCGGGCACGUGUGGUUCUGCGUGCAGCACGACCGGCUUUCCGCCAAGCCCUCGCUCCUCCUCGAGCUUCCUCUCUCCACCGACCAUCUCGUACGCGAAAUGCGCAACGGCCUCGUGCGCAUCGCGCUCGAGUGCUCCGACGCUGCCACGUGUCCCCUCCGCUCCGUCCCCCUCUGGACCGCCUUUUGCAACGGCAAGAAGACAGGCUUCGCCGCGCGCCGCCGGGCCGGAGACCGCGUCCGCUCCAUCCUCCGCACCAUGCAGUGCGUCUCCGUCGGCGCCGGCGUCAUCCCCUCAGGCUUCUCCUCCGACACCUCCGAGGAACUCAUGUACAUGCGCGCCAACUUCGAACACGUCGUUGGCAACGCUGACUCCGAGUCCUUCCACCUCAUCAACCCCGACGAGUGCCCCGGCCAAGAACUUAGCGUUUUCUUGCUCCGAUCCCGACUCGCCGCCAUCCGCUGAGCCGCAACGAGUCGAACAUCUUUCCGUUUCGGAGCUUUAUUUAUUUUUCGGUACAGAAAAAAAAGAAAGAAAAAGAAGUAUGACAAAAACACCUCUUGGAAAUUAUAGUUUUUCUUUUUUUCAGGGUCA